AUGGGAAAAAAGCUUUCGGAAGCACAGAAUAGAAAACGAAAGGCAGAAGAAAUCGCUGCUAAAAAAAAGGAACAAAAUAGUAUGGAAAAGUUCUUUAAACCUAUUGAUAACAAACCAAUAGAAUCUUUUGAAAAAUCGAAUGAAACUUUUGAUUCCGAAUUAAUGGAUAGUGGUACCUAUAAACAAAAACCUAGUUUAGACAUAGAAAAAAAUGAAAUUCAAACACAAUAUGAUGAACUCAGAUUUGACGACGACUUAGAUGUUCUAAAUGAAAGUACUGUUUGUGAUGUCAGUUAUUUGGAAAAUCCAGCCGAGUGGCCAUUAGCAAUAAAUAUGAAACGUAAUAUUAUAGAUAGAAUAGUAAUGAUUGGUCCAAAAAAAAUAUUUGAAAAUAUAUCUUAUCCGCUAGAUGAGCAUAAAAGGCAUUUUUCUAAUUUUCAUGUAUAUCGUAGUUGUGAAAAUGGUGAAAAAAUUAAAAGACGAUGGUUAAUUUAUUCAAAAACUUCUGAUAAAGUAUAUUGUUUUUGCUGCAAACUAUUCAAGCCAGAUAGUGGAACAUCGUUAGGACACAGGGGUUGUAAUGAUUGGAAGCAUAUAGGGUCUAUAUUAAGUGAUCAUGAAAAAUCUACACAUCAUUUUAUUGCUACUAGCAUAUGGAUUGAAUCUGAAACCCGUCUAAAAAAAAAUGCUUGUAUAGAUGCUCAAAAUCAACAUAUAUAUGAACAGGAAAGUCUUCGCUGGACAAAAGUUUUUGAUCGGUUAAUAAGUAUAAUUUUGUACCUCGCUCAACACAAUAUGGCGUUUAGAGGUACAUCUGAUAAAUUAUUUCAACCAAAUAAUGGAAAUUUUUUAGGCUUAGUUCAACUUCUUGGUAAGUACGAUGAUGUAAUGGCAGAACAUUUACGUCACAUAUCUAAAAAAUCGAAUAGAAAACAUUACUGCAGUCAUGAAAUUCAAGAUCAAUUGAUAAACUUAAUGGCUAAUAAUGUUCGUGAUACUAUUAUAGCUAAUCUUCAUGAUGUAAAAUAUUAUUCAAUUAUUACAGAUUGUACACCAGAUAUAAGUAAAUCAGAACAAAUGUCAUUCACUGUUCGUUUUGUCGAGAAAGUUGGAAAUAGCAUAAUUAUAAAAGAACAUUUCAUUGGUUUUAAAACUGCUACUGAUUCUACCGGAUUAGGUCUUUCACAGCUUAUGUUGCAAACACUCAAGGAUAACAAUAUUGAAUUUACCAACUGCAGAGGACAAGGAUAUGAUAAUGGGGCCAACAUGAAAGGAAAAAAUCAAGGAGUUCAGGCAAGAUUAUUAAAUAUAAACCCAAGAGCAUUUUAUAUUCCAUGCAGUUGUCACUCUUUGAAUUUAGUUGUUGCCGAUGCUGCAUCGUCUUCUAAAGGAUCAAUUUCUUUAUUUGGAUUAAUUCAACGGGUAUAUGUAUUAUUUUCGGCUUCUGUGAACCGUUGGGAGAUUCUUAAAAGGCAUAUAUCAGGAUUUACUGUUAAGCAAGUAUGUACAACUCGUUGGGAAAGCCGCGUAAGUGCCGUUAAAGCAAUGCGUUAUGAAACAAAUAACAUAGUUAAUGCGUUAAUAGAAAUUUCUGAUUCACCAAAUGCUGACGCAGGUCUUCGUCAUGAAGCUCAAUGUUUAGCCGAUAACCUAUGUGAAUUUGAAUUUCUUAUCUCACUUGUUGUUUGGUACGAUUUACUGUUUCAAAUCAAUGUAGCUAGUAAAUCAAUGCAAGGAAUCACUAUGGACAUAAUCACAGCCACUUCAAUUGUUAAAGGUUGUUUAAAUUAUAUUAUUUCUUAUCGAAAUACAGGAUAUAUUUGCGCUGUUUCAUCUGCUAAAAAAAUUGCUGAAACUUUAAAUGUGGAAACAAGUUUCAAACCCAAAAGACAUAGACUAACUAAAAGACAAUUUCAAUAUGAAAGCUUAGACAAUUAUGAACCUACUCCAGAAGAGGAAUUUAAAAGAGAUUUUUUCUAUUGUCUUAUAGAUACAAGUAUAACAUCAAUACAGUCACGUUUUGAACAGUUGGAAUCUCAUAAAAAUACAUGGGGAUUCUUAUAUAAUAUUUCUGAUUUGCCUGAACAUGAUACUUUGGUAAAACAUUGUAUGGAUUUACAUAAUACACUUAAAAAUGAAGACCAAAAUGAUAUCAAUGGAGUAGAUUUAUGUGUUGAAUUAGAACAUAUUAAAACUCUAUUACCAAAAGAUGUAUCUUCUCCAAAAGCAGUAUUGGAAUAUAUGUUACAAUCUAAUACAUCUGAUCUAUUCCCAAAAACCUGGAUAUCCUUAAGAAUUUUAUCAACAAUUCCUGUUACUGUUGCUAGUGGUGAGAGAAGUUUUUCGAAAUUAAAACUUAUUAAAACGUAUCUGCGUUCGACAUUGGGAGACGAAAAAUUGACAUCUCUAGCAAUCCUUUCUAUUGAAAAUGAAAUAGCUCAAAGAAUGGAUUUCUCAGAAAUUAUUAAAAAUUUUGCAAAAUCAAAAGCAAGAAAAGUUUUUAUCAAGGUUUAG